GAGCCAUUGGACCUUCGCACGACAUUGGGCAUCUGCUGAAUCAGAAGAGAAAUCUCUAGUGAACUAUCCUUCGUGCUCCGGGAUAAUUGUGGAACCUCCCCUGUCAACUCCCCAUCUUCCAAACGAUCGUGAAUGUAGAUCCUGGAGGGGUUCUCCGGAAUGCCGCCAGCGGAUCUGACUCCCAGUCUGACCAUCUCAGACAUCCAUUCCUUGAAGAGAGACCAGGCCCUGGAGAUUCUUGCCCAGAUUUCACGCGUCGAGAAGAAGACCUUCCCCGCUAACGAGGCAUUCAGUUUCGGUGAGGAACUCUGGCGCAAGAAGCCCAACACGAGGGUUCUGUAUGUGACCCGUGCACCAUCGGCUCCGGAUGAUGUCCGCCCAACCUUGCUGGCCUAUGCCGUCUACGUCCGCCAGAAGGGAAUAGCCCUACUGCACAAAGUUUGCGUGGGUGAAGCACAUCGCCGCCAGGGUGUCGCGAUGCGGCUCAUGAACUAUAUUCGAGCUCGUCUACAGAGCGAGGGGUGUCAGCAGAUCCAGCUAUGGGUCGACAAAGCCCGCUCGCCCGCUAGAUCUCUCUACGUCCGCAAUGGCUUCAAGGAGCGUGACGAGAUCCCGGACUAUUAUGCUCCAGGGCCUGUAGCGUGGGCCCUGCCUGAUCCCCCUACCCCUCCGCUUUACGCGGUGGAAAGGAGCCACAAGACUUCUCCUUGGUACUUUUUGUUCGAAACUAGGGUGGCUUUGCCUGUCAAAUACUCUCCCUUAAGCCUUCGGGAAAUACGAACGCUAUUGAGAGGGAGGGGUUGGGCCGGCUAUGCUCCUGUGUGGACUCCUGCAAGCCAUCCCUUGCAGGCGCGUGCAUUCGCAACGUGAUUGAACUCCCGCGCCGCGAACCAUCCAUCUCUAACCAUUCCCAUACUUCAGUGACGUCAAACAUAUCCAGGUAUGGCUCUGUAGAAGGGGCCACACGCUUCGCGCCUCUCCUGUGCCCAAUGGGCCCUUGGGCGCGGUGGCCCUGGGGCAUACUCUUUGCCCUAAGGGUAGGCUGUUUCCGCCACUUUUGCUCUUCCAGCUGCCACCUUCUAUCUUUGUCGU